UAAUAUUCAAAUUGUGUUGGUCUCAUUUGAUGAAAAUCUAGGGUAAAAUAUUGAAUUGAAUUAUUAUUCACGGCUUGGCUUGAUAUUCAAGCUACUUGGCUUGAGCUUGACUUGAAAUCAACUCAAGCUCAAGUCAAGUAAUAGUUUUUCAAUGUCAAGUCAAGUAUUUAUUUAUUAAGUAGUUGACUUAACAUUGAAAAACUACUACUUGACUGGAACUUGAGUUGGUUUCGAGUCUGCUGAAGACGAUAACAGUUUUUCUACGUUUUUUGUGUUAAUAGACAAUAAUGAUAACAAUUGAAAUAAUCAUUAUAAAAAAAAUUAAGCUCCAGAUUAUCAUAUCUUAAUUCUCAAUUUAUCAUAUGCUUUUUUCGUGGAAGUGUUCUGAAUAUGAAUCACAACCUAGUGUAAUAUGUGUCAUAAUGCCAUCUACAAGUAGGUAUACCAUCUUUACAUACAAACAAGGUGCACGAUUCUGUGCGGUUAAGGCGUAACAUCUAAUUUUCUUCCUGCAUAUUGAUUGAUGCUAAAUUAUUAUUAUCUUCAAUUUUAUACGGUUCAUUGUGAAGUAGCAGGACCAUACCUUAUAUAAUUCCCAUUGUGAACCUUUAUCCCUUUAACUUCUACCUACACUUCAUAUGCUUUCAAUUUCUCAGGUGCUGAAGUUUAAUGUGUAAUAAUUGUGGUUGGAUAGAUUUAACAACAGGACGCAACUAAUUCUAAUUGAUCAUUACAUAUUGUCUUUAAUUGGUUGUUGUGGGAACCUGAAGCAUUUAAUCAUUAUUAAUUUGUUUUGGUUUAUAAUUAUUAAUUCAAAAGGAUCAAGUUUAAUAUAAACCUCUCAACGAAUAAAUAGAAAAAAACUAAAUGUACAUAAUUGAAGAUGUUCAUUAUCGUAACAAUUUGAAAAAAUAAGAAAAUUUUCAUAUUUUUAUGUGGAAUCUUGUGAAGCAAUAGCUGUAGAAAAACACCUGCGAAAUGAUAUUAAUAAUAACCUCACACGUGUUCAAAUCUGUAAUUGGGGAAAUCAAAGAUAUUUAUUGAAUAAUAUUAUACAUUCAAUGAUGUUUACACAUAUUAUUAGCUAUUAUUAGUUGGCUGAUGUUUUCGAUCAAAUAUGUCUUGGUUAUGUGUGAAUUUAAGUGGCUCUCAUCGCAUAUUUUUUUAUUUAAUGUACGUGUUCCCAAUGUUUAUGAGUGUCAUUGCUGACCAUCGAGAAGAAUGUGGUCAAGUGUUUCGUAUUUGUACAUUUUCUGCAAUGUAUUACGAGUCAAGGACAUGAGUGAAAAAUAUACCCAAUAGAAAUUUCCCUAGAACUGACAAAUAAAAAUGAAGCCGAAUUCAUACGAAAUAUAUCCAGCAACAAGUGAUCAAAUACGUCAUAUUUUUGGUCCUUCGUCAGCUGAAUCAAACAAGUGAUCGAAUAUAUUUUUGGUCAUUUGCAAGCCGAAAAACAGUAAGUCAUCCACUUUCCUUUACACUCAUUCAUUAUACAUAUAUUAUUAUCCACAUUCAUUUCCUAUUUUUGAGUAAGUAUUUUAAUCUGACAAAGUAAAGUGUAUAUAUUUGAAUAUAACAGAAUCGAAAUGACUGAAGCAUUAAAACUCAGAAGAGCACAAAUUAAAGCUCAUUUAAUGCGAUUCAGCGAUUUCUUAUCAAAUCUUUCGGAUUCGGAUGAAAGUGGUAAAAUGGACAGUCAAAUCAAAAGUAGAUUAGAAAAACUGAAAUCACUUUACGACACUUUCGAUCAAAUACAAAGCAGUAUUGAGUUAGAAACCGGGCAUAUAGAAUAUGACGAGCGAGCAUAUUUUGAGGAAAACUAUUUUUGCUUGGAAGCACAGGCACUUGAUUUAAUUGCCAAACAUUCUGCUUUAGAAAGCGGUUCUGUUUAUUCGAACAAUCCAAUGAGUUCUUUAAAGCUACCUCCUCUAACCGUACCAGAUUUCCAUGGUUCUUGUACGCAAAGAUAUGAUAACAAAAGAGUAAUAAUUCAUACGCAUUUAAAAUUAAUAUUAGAGUUACCUCCAGUUGAACACGAAUCACACUUUUAUUUGAGAAAACUUUUGGACAAUUUUAAUGAAAAUAUAAGAUCAUUGAAAGCUCUUGAUCAACCCAUUGAACUCUGGGAUACUCUUUUAGUUUAUAUUUUAUCAUCAAAAUUAGAUUCAGUUACUAAAAAAGAAUGGGAACAAUUCGCAAACACAAAUUUAGAUGAGAAAACACUACCCACAAUGUCAGAGUUGACCGAUUUUCUGUCUAGAAGGUGUCAACUUUUAGAAAUAAGAGAACACAAAAACAAAACUUUAACCAAAUCCUAUCGAAAACACAUAAUAUAUUCAAAUUUACCAACACAAAAACAAACAUGUUCAUUUUGUAAGAAAAAUCAUUCACAUUAUCGAUGCCAAAAAUUCUUAGAAAUGUCUCUUAACGAACGGUUAGAAGAAGUUAGAAGAACUAAGAUUUGCACUAAUUGCUUAGGAAAUAAUCAUUUAAUAUCAAACUGCAAAUCAAUUUAUAAUUGCCGAAUUUGCAAGAAAAGACACAAUACGUUACUCCAUGACAAUGAAAAAUGUCCGAAUUUCUCAGUAACUGAUUUUACUGAUGCAUCUGGUAAUUGAUCUGCUCAGGUAAAAUAAAACUAUAAUCCAUAAACCCAUCAACCAAACUCGACGAUAAAAUAAUCCGACAAAUUCUAUAUUCUCAAAAAGUUCUCAGGUAAUAUUGAUCUUUUUGACUCGAAGGAAAAAUUAAUAUCGUGUACAGCAAUUUUAGAAACUGGGUCACAAGGAAAUUUUAUAUCAUCAUCUUUAGCAAAAGAACUUAAAUUCGAAGUUUCUGAAAUCAAUCUCCCAGUUAUCGGUGUAAAUGAUUUCACAAGUCAUAUUCAAGGAAGACUGGAGACAUCAUUUAUUGCAAAUAAUCGAAAAUAUCAAACUAAAGAUACAUUUUUAGUUGUUAAUAAAAUUACUAAUCAUAUUCCUCACAAUUCUUCAGACAUUUCAAAUUUAAAUCUGCCAGAUAACAUUACCCUAGCUGACGAUUCCUUUUACAAAUCUGGUUCUAUUGAUUUAUUGUAGGGUGUUAGUAUACAGGGUGUUUCCUAAACAUGCGGCAAAAAUU